AAGACAGCAAAAACAACAGCUGGCGUUGAGGCUAACCUGACUGAGUAGUUUGUUCUCCGUGGCAUCAAACCGCCGUCUUUGGUUUACUGGCAAAUCCAAAAAACAAGGUAAGAUUUCUUGGCUCGCUUCUCCGGCUAUAAUGAUGGAACUGCAUACAUACCAGUAUUGACUUUGUUGGAAGGUCUGAGGUUUUCCAUUUUUGUGGUAAAAAACAAGUAUACAAUACAUUGCCAUAAAAUAAUUACAAAAUGUCUGCUGUUUAAAUAGGGUUGUGUCAGAAAAAGUGCUGUAAUUGUGAUGUAAUUAUUCUAAUGAUUAUCUUUAUAGUAGAGUAUCAGUGGCCAUUAUGGAAGGCACCCGAGGACACAUUUUGGAGCUAAUGGUAAUGGGCAUUUUUCUGGGCGUGGCCAGCCUGGGACACGGGGCCAUCCAAACACCUGACUAUGAUGACACCUCCACGCCUGAGAUCCUAAACCCAUCCUGGAUGUCCACAAUCCCUAACACCUACCCCCUGUCAGACGUGACAAUCCCUGGCACCCACAACACAAUGGCCCUAUACGGCGGAUCGCUCGCCGAGUGCAACUCCUGGCCUCUCACCCUCCAACUUCGAGCCGGAAUCCGCUUUCUGGAUAUCCGCGUUCGUAACAUUAGAGGCAACCUCACCAUCCACCACGGGAUCUCGUAUCAGUAUGCUCACUUUGGGGAUGUGCUGAGAGACGUGGUGGCCUUCCUGAGGGAGUAUCCGACCGAGACGGUGCUGAUGAGACUGAAAGAGGAGUUAAGUGACACAAGAGAUAUCUACGAGGCAGCUGUGCGCUACAUUCAUGAGUACGCUCACUGGGACCUGCUGUGGCACAGCCGCGAGAUGCCCACCCUGGGUGAGGCACGAGGAAAACUGAUUGUUCUGCAGGAUUUCUCAGGGCCUGACCUGGGGAUGCACUACAACUCGCUGGACAUCGCAGAUCAUUGGAAGGUAUCCUCUUUGCAGCCAGAGGAGGUGGAGAAGAAAUGGAGAAGUGUCUACAUCCAUCUGGAGGAGGCUGCGGUGGGUAACAAAAACCAUAUGUUCCUCACCUACAGCAGUGGUGCCAGCAUCCUUGCCCACCCCAACGCCCUGGCCAAGAUCAUAAACCCCCGCCUGCAUGAAUAUCUGAAAGCCUAUGUCGGUCAAAGGAAACGGUUUGGUAUUAUAACAAUCGACUUUCCCGGUGCAAAUUUAGUGCAAACUAUUAUAGGAUUCAAUUAAAUGAUACAAGCCAAUACCAGUAUGCCUGGAACUUCCCAAAAUAUCCAUUAAUUGACACAAAUUCGAGACAUAUCAUAUGUCUGUGACUUAAAAUACCCCUAACUC